AGUAGCACACGCACACCAGCAGCCAUGAGCUUCUUUGGCACCGUCGGCGGCCUCGGCAAGAACCGCACCUUCAAGCCUCGCAGGGCCAACGGCGACAACUCGACGCGCGCCUACCAGCUCAAGAAGUAUGCCGAAGCAACCCUCGGCUCGGGCAACCUGCGCAUGGCCGUCGUCCUCCCCGAGGGCGAGGACCUCAACGAGUGGCUCGCCGUCAACACCGUCGACUUCUUCAACCAGAUCAACAUGCUCUACGGCUGCGUCACCGAGUUCUGCACGCCGCAAGAGUGCCCCAUCAUGUCUGCCGGCGCGCGCUUCGAGUACCACUGGCAGGACGGCGUCCACUUCAAGAAGCCGACAAAGAUGUCGGCGCCCGAGUACGUCGACCACCUGAUGAACUGGACCCAGGGCAUGCUCGACGACGAGGCCAUCUUCCCGAGCAAGAUCGGCGUCCCCUUCCCCAAGACGUUCCAGGCGACCGUCAAGUCGAUCGUCAGGCGCCUGUUCCGCGUGUACGCCCACCUGUACAACCACCACUUUGCGCAGCUGUGCGCCCUCAGCAUCGAGGCUCACCUCAACACGUCGUACGCGCACUUCCUCCUCUUUGUCGACGAGUUCAAGCUCAUCGAGAAGAAAGGAGCUCGCGCCGCUCGCCGAGCUCAACGCGUCCAUCCU